AUGGCGACCACCAUGAGCCUGAAGACCCCCGUGGGGCUCCGAUCCAGCAGUGCCCUGGCGUCACGCGUGAACGCCCGCGUGUCCGGCGUGCGCGCCUGCCCCAGGGCCACGCGGCAGGUCACCCGCGCCUUCAGCACCCAGCUGAUCAUGAGCGCCUCCACCUUCACGUGCCUGGCGCUGGGCCGCUGGGGCUUCCUGGACUUUCAGAGGAAGUCGGUGGAGAAGGCCGGCCUGCCGGUGCAGAACGGCGUGUCGCAUGCGGACGCGGGCGACGGCCUGGCCCAGGAGGCCAGCUUCCUGCUGGCCACCAACGACCCUAAGGGCUUCAACGUGGUGGACGUGCUGAUGUGGGGAUCGGUGGGCCACAUCCUGGGCUUCAUCAUCCUGGCGACGAACGCCAGCCUCAGGGUUGGUUAG